CAAUUAAUUAUAAAAAAUGAUACAAUAUUCCCUCGAAGAGCUUCAGACGAUUUCGGAAAUUGAUAGUCGGUACUAUGGAUUCCUUGAUUUGUCGGAUCCCAAGCAUUCUGAAAUUAGGGAGCUCAUUCAGCAAACCAUUACUGCAUUACAAGAUGAAAUCGCUAGUUCCCAUUCAGCAUACAUUAGCAAACAACGCGAUACAAAGACUAUUAAAACCGAAUUCCCAAUCAGCAAUGAGGAGCACAUCAAAGAGAACUCAUGCUGUGAAAAUAAAGAUCUAAAAUUGGCGGUGUCCAAUGACCGGCCACCUAAAAAGUCAAACCAGGAUAUGGAAGAAGUUGACGUGAACACCUACUGCAAGCUAGGUCACUUACACUUGCUCACGCAUGAAUAUUCAGAAGCUCUGUCUGCCUAUCAAAAAUAUAUGCAAUUUUGUGGUAAAUAUUGGGACAAUUAUUCAUUUCUUUAUGGAAUCGGCAUCGUUUACUAUCAAUUUCGUUGCUUUAAAUGGUCAAUCAAAGCGUUUCAAGAACUUUUAUACUUAAACCCAUAUUUUCCCUGUGCAAAUGAAAUUCAUCUACGACUAGGUUUAAUGCUAAAAGUGAAUGGUGAAUUUAAAACAGCUCUGAAGCACUUGCAGAUAGCCCUAGUUGAUACAUCGCCUUCAACUUUCUCAGAUCUUCAAGUAAAAUUUCAGAUAGCUCAUUUAUACGAAGUACAGAACAAACACAAAGCUGCAAAAGAAUCAUAUGAGUUCAUUUUAAACCACAAAAAUGUUUCCUCGGACCUUAAAGCAGAUAUUUACAGACAAUUAGGAUGGAUGUAUCAUUGUGUCGAAUGCCUAGGCGAAAAAAAGGAACGUGAAUCGAAUGCUCUACAUUUUUUACAAAAAUCCAUCGAAGCUGAUCCAAACUGUGGACAAUCAUUAUAUUUAUUGGGAAGAUGCUAUGCUGGAGUUAACAAAGUACAUGAUGCGUUCUUAGCAUAUCGCAAUUCAGUUGAAAAAAGUGAAGGAAAUGCUGAUACCUGGUGCUCCAUUGGCGUACUCUAUCAACAACAAAAUCAGCCAACGGAUGCUCUUCAGGCGUAUAUAUGCGCUGUACAACUAGACAAAGAACACAAGUCAGCGUGGACAAAUUUAGGGAUACUCUAUGAGAGUUGUGGACAGCUGAGGGAUGCAUAUGCAUGCUAUUUAAAUGCAAUCAAAAGAAUAUCAAAUAAGAAAGUUAUCACUGCCCAAGAGAGUAAGAUUUUAUAUUCAAAGAGUGGUUCGAAUGGUUUAACCAAAGGCUUAGCGCAACGGGUUAAAUUUUUGGAAUCACAGCUUAACCUGGCACCACUGCCAAGCAUCACAUCAAAGCGCCGCCAGCUUUGCUCCAUUGAAGAGGCCUGGAAUCUGCCCAUAUCAUUAGAAAUAAAUUCACGUCAGCAACAACAAACCGCUCAAAUGCAGCAAAGACAGUUUGGAAAAUCUCCAUCCACACAGGGUCCCCCACCUCCCUACCCACAUGCUCAAAAUAACUCAAUACCUGCAAAACGAGCGAAAGAGGAUGAAGAAAUUGCGGGGAAGGGUCAAACGCAAACGCCAGGGCUAACGCCGCAACAGAUAAACACUUUACAGUUUUUACAACAAAACAAGAAUAUUUUGAAUGAACAGCAGGAGCAACUUUUGCAGCAACUUACGCAACAGCAUCGGCAAGCAUUAAAAAACAAUACAUCUCCCAGCGAGAUAACCAACGAAGGUGUUCAGCAACUUAACUCUGAUACAACAAAUAUUAAAGAAGACAAUGACUCCAAAGAUUUAGAGCGCCUUAUUUUUACACCUGAUCAAAAUCACAGCUCAUUAGGAGCUACUGAUCAGAAGCAAAAUAUUCACUGCCAAAAAGAUAUUUCAGCUAAAUUAACGGAUGACAUACAGACAAAUGCCAGUUUAGAUGAAAAUUGUGUUAGUAGAAAUGAACUGAUUAAGAUUGAAGGCCACGGUGAUACUCAAUGCAACUUUAAGGAACAAAGACCAAAAAUCGAAUAUGAUAGUAAUGAAUUCGAUGCAACAAGCCCCACGUUCAACAUACAAAUGGACUCGAAACAGCUUUUCACUGCCGUCAAAUUACUGCCCGUGGAUGAACCACCGAUUGGAAGUACAGUGUUGCAGCGCAAUGCACCACCGCCGGCGCCGCCAGAUUGCCCGCCACAAAGGCUAACGAGAGAACAGCUUCUGCCGCCGACGCCUUCGGUGCAUUUGGAAAACAAAAAGAAUGCUUUCAGCCCGCAAUUGCAAGAAUUUUGCCUCAAGCAUCCGAUUGCUGUUGUGCGUGGCUUAGCUGGCGCACUUAAGCUUGACUUGGGAUUGUUUUCAACAAAAACCUUGGUCGAGGCGAAUCCAGAUCACAGCGUUGAAGUGCGUACGCAAGUGAAUCAGUCGCCGGAUGAGAACUGGGACUUAUCCCAAGCCAAGCGUGUUUGGGCCUGCAUAUCGCAUCGAUCUCAUACAACAAUUGCUAAAUAUGCACAAUAUCAGGCAUCGAGCUUUCAAGAUAGUCUAAAGGAUGACGGGGAUAAGGGCUCCGCAGGAUCUCAAGUGAUGUCAGAUUCUGACUCUAAGGACUCGGUGUCAAAUUCAAACAUUAAUUUAAAGCGCAAAAAACAAAAGAAUGGCAGUAAAAUGCUAAGAUUUGGCACCAAUGUGGAUCUGUCCGAUGAGCGCAAAUGGAAGCCACAAUUAAGCGAACUCCAGAAGCUGCCCGCCUUUGCAAGAGUUAUAUCAGCAGCGAAUAUGCUGUCGCAUGUAGGGCAUGUUAUCCUGGGCAUGAAUACCGUGCAAUUGUAUAUGAAAGUGCCGGGUAGCCGAACACCGGGACAUCAAGAAAACAACAACUUUUGCUCAAUCAACAUUAAUAUUGGUCCCGGUGACUGCGAGUGGUUCGCAGUGCCAGAUGCCUACUGGGGUGGCAUUCACAAUUUAUGCGAAAAGAACAGCAUUAGCUAUUUGCAUGGAUCAUGGUGGCCGGUGCUGGAGGAUUUGUAUAAAGAGAACAUACCGGUGUAUAGAUUCAUACAGAAGCCCGGCGACUUAGUCUGGGUGAAUGCGGGAUGUGUUCAUUGGGUUCAAUCUGUUGGUUGGUGUAAUAAUAUUGCAUGGAAUGUUGGUCCACUAACGGCCCGUCAGUAUUCGCUUGCAAUUGAAAGAUAUGAAUGGAAUAAACUUCAAAGCUUUAAGAGUAUUGUUCCCAUGGUACACCUAAGUUGGAACUUGGCGAGAAAUAUUAAAGUAUCGGAUGUAAAACUCUUUGAGUUGAUUAAGCAAUGUUUAUGUCAAUCGUUAAAGAAUGUUUAUCAUCUACAAGAAUAUGUAAAAUCCAAGGGAGUCCAAAUUCGUUUCAAUGGUCGUGGCAAAAACGAGGCCUCCCACUAUUGUGGUCAAUGCGAGGAGGAAGUUUUUAACGUUUUGUUCAUAAGGGAACAGGAGAAGAGGCAUGUAGUCCAUUGUUUACCUUGCGCGCUAAAGUUGUCGCCAUCUUUACAAGGAAUUGUCUGUUUGGAAGAAUAUCGUUUGUCCGAACUGCAACAUGUCUAUGAUUCAUUUACUUUAUAUAGAACACAAGGACUAGGACAAACACAGUAAUUUUAUACAACACAAUUGAAGUAAUAUUUUAAUAAAUUUUAUUACAUUGUACGUUUUUUAACAUAACGAAUAAGAAAUAAGAG